AUGGCUGAGAACAAACCUCUUCGCUUCUUGCAGGAUCUUGUGCUCGGAGGGACCAGUGGCGUCAUCGCCAAGACAACCUGCGCCCCGCUGGAGAGAGUCAAGAUCUUGUUGCAAGUCGGGUCGCUCAAUGCUGAGGGCCAGAAGUACAAGGGCAUGGUCGACGCUCUCUUCAAAGUCCCCAAGGAGCAGGGAGUGCUUGCUCUGUGGAGAGGCAAUCUAUCCAACUGCCUGCGGUACUUCCCGACGCAGGCGAUGAACUUUGCCUUCAAGGAGCGCUACCAGAAGCUCUUCGUGCGCCCCCGGGAGGAGGUAGGCUUCACCCGCUGGUUCAUGGGCUACUUGGCUGCAGGAGGAGCAGCAGGGGCUACGGCGCUUACAGUGAGCUACCCCCUCGAGUUCACCUACACUCGCCUCGCUGCCGACACCGGCGUCGCCCAUGGAGCGGCGGGCGCGGCAGCUGGCAAGGGUCCAGCCAGGAAGUUCAAUGGGAUCGCGGACUGUAUGUCCAAGACGGUGAAGUCUGACGGGAUCCGCGGGCUGUAUCGGGGCUACGGGCCCUCAGUCGCCGGGAUCAUCGUGUACCGGGCCGGCUACUUCGGGCUCUACGACUUCAGUAAGGUCUACGUGAUGCCCAUCAUGGGGGUCGGGCAGGGGGCAAACGCGCACUCGGUCGGAGCAGUGGUCACCAAGUUCGGCAUGGCGCUAACUAUCGACAUCUUCUCUGCCCUGUGCGCGUACCCGCUGGAUACCAUCCGUCGCAACAUGAUGAUGAUGAGCGGGAGGAGCGACAAACUGUACACCACGUCAUGGGGUUGCCUGCAGCACACGCUGAAGCAAGGAGGAGUGGCUCUGCUGUACAAGGGCGCGUUCGCCAACUCCGUGAGGGCGAUAGGAAGCGCUCUUGUGCUGGUGAUCUAUGACGAGCUGAAGAGCGUCUUCCUCCCCAAUGCCAAGAGUUCCGGGGGCCACUGA